AUGGACGGAACUGAAAUAAGAUCUCCGUUCACCAAGUUCGGUCAGGUGGUAGACGUAUUCAUCCCUCGAAAGAAGAAUCGUAACGGUAAGCAAUUUGCUUUCAUCCGUUUCAAUACGGUGAAAGAUGAAUCAACGUUGGAAAACGCUCUACAAGGUAUCAAGUGCAAUGAGAAUGUUCUCAAAGUAAACCUAGCCAAGCACCCAAGGAACUCUUCCAAAGCCCUGACUAAUGCAACUCAUAAACAACGUGUGCAACCCCAAUUCCAGCGAUAUGCUAAUACUUCUGGUGGGUUCAGAGACCGGAGAUCCUUUGCACAGGUUGCCUCUGUGACUGUCACAAGUCUUGAUCACAAUGCAAACAUCCCAACAUCAUUAAUUAAUGGGGACCACAUCAAAUAUCUAGGAGGUUUAAACAUCGCCAGUGCCAUGGGAAGCUCGGGAGACCAAAAAGACCUCCGCUUUGAAAGAAUGGCCUGGAUAAAAAUCAACGGCCUUCCCCUAAGAAUAUGGGACGAGGCUACAUUCUCUAUCAUUGUAGGAAGAUUUGGACGGGUGACUCAUCCAUUCGACAACAUCGGAACCACGAGAGCUUACUCGAUGGGAAAAGUGGAAGACACAGAUGAAGAAGAUGCUAUAUUUGAAACAUGGAUGCAGGAGAAUAAUGAGGCGGAGCCGGAGGAUGGGGAAUAUAGACCAGAGAGUAUCUUUGGUAACAAAGAUAAAGUGAUGGAGGUGCGAAUAGAGGGAUCAGAGUCGGUCGGAGAGGCUCCAUCGACAGAUUCGGUGACGUCCAAUCUGCCCGUUGAUGGUACGACUCUUGAAAUCCCAUAUUUUCCAGUUGUCGAGGUAUUUACAUCGGGAGGAAACGACGACGUUAUCUACAUUAAUUGA